AUGACGCGAACCGCUCCCAACUGGGGCCCCAAGAGGCUGCUGGCCCUGGCCACCACCUUUGCUACUACCACCCUCGCCAACUCGAUUCUCAAGACCAGCAGUUUCACCACCUGCGGCGACGAAUCCGCCAUAUCCGUGCAGAAGAUCGACAUUCAGUACAAUAACGACGACAAGACCGUCACCUUCGACGUAGCAGGAACGAGCUCCAAGGUCCAGAAUGUAACUGCUGUUUUGGAUGUCAAGGCCUAUGGAAUCGAUAUCUACUCUAACAGCUUCAACCCUUGCGAUUCUGGUACUUUCGUCGAGCAGCUUUGUCCUGUUCCCGCCGGAACUUUCGGUGCCCGUGGCACCCAGAAAAUCCCUGAGCAGUACGCCAACAUGGUUCCCGCCAUUGCCUUCCAAUUUCCCGACAUUGCUGCUCAGGCCAAGCUGCAGCUCAAGACCCUCGACACGAAUCAAGAGGUCGCCUGUAUUCAGUCUCAAGUCACCAAUGGCAAGACUGCUAGCGUGCCCGCCGUUUCUUACAUCUCGGCUGGUGUUGCCGGUCUUGCUCUCGUCGCCACGGGUGUCUCCGCCGUCAGCUCUGCCUUCGCUGGAGGCAGCGCGGCUCUUAGCAGCGGCCAUGCCGCCGGUGCCGGUACCAUGAGUCCCAGUUUCACUGAGGUUGCCGGUUGGUUCCAGGGCAUGGCCAUGAACGGCAUGCUUUCCGUCAACUACCCUCCCGUUUACCGAAGCUUCACCAAGAACUUUGCCUUCUCCACCGGCAUCAUCCCCUGGACCGACAUGCAGAUCGCCAUUGACAACUUUCGCGGAAUGACUGGCGGUGACCUCACCAAGGACAGCGUUGAGAUCCUGAAGAACAGCACCCUUGUUCUUGGUGAUGGCUCGACUAUUGACGGCAACAGCACCUUCUUCAAGGCCAAGCGCGCCCUGGAUACCGUCGGCACCCUCCUUGCCAGAGAGAUCGAGACCAGCGUUAACGGAACCACCAGUGGCGACGCCGGCGAUGAUCCCAUGAGCACCAUCAAGAAGCAGGUCCAGGGUAUCACUGCCUUCGUCAACACCCUCAGUGUUCCCAAGUCCAACACCUUUAUGACCGUCCUCCUCAUUGUCGCCAUCGUCAUCGCCGCUAUCAUUGUAGGAAUUCUUCUUGUCAAGGUCAUCCUCGAGUUCUGGGCGCUGUUUGGUAACUUCCCGAAGAGCCUUACUGGUUUCCGUGAGCAUUACUGGGGCUCCAUUGCCCGUGCCAUUACUCAGCUCAUCCUGCUGCUUUAUGGCAUCUGGGUCUUGUAUUGCAUUUUCCAGUUCACCAAUGGAGAUUCAUGGGCUGCCAAGGUUUUGGCCGGUGUCAGUCUGGGUGUCUUCACGGCCAUCCUCGCCUUCUUCUCCUACAAGAUCUGGAGCACCGCUCGCAAACUGAAGCAGGCCGAGGGAGACGUGAACGGCCUGUACGACGACAAGACCAACUGGAUGAAGUACAGUCUCUUUUACGAGUCCUACAAGAAGAGCUACUGGUGGGUCUUCAUCCCCGUUAUCAUCUACAUGUUCGCCAAGGGCACCAUCCUUGCCGCUGGCGACGGCCACGGCAUGGCUCAGACUUCUGCUCAACUCAUCGUCGAGGGUAUUAUGCUCAUUAUCUUGCUCUGGAGCCGCCCCUUUGAGCGCAAGUCCGGCAACGUCAUCAACAUCGCCAUCCAGGUCGUCCGUGUCCUCUCCGUUGCGUGUAUUUUGGUCUUUGUCGAGGAGUUUGGCAUCGCCCAGACCACUCAGAACGUCACCGGUGUUGUCCUUAUUGCCGUUCAGUCAGCUCUUACUGGUGUUUUGGCACUGCUCAUUGUCUGGAACGCCAUCAACGCUUGCAUCAAGGAGAACCCUCACCGCAAGCGCAGAAAGGAGAUGGAAAAGAUGCAGCGUGACAUGGAUACUCUCACUCCCCUCGACGCCCGCAACUCCCUCCUCAUGGACCGCAAGGACGCUGAGCACGGUCAUGGCACCACCUUCUCCAUGAGCAGCGUCCCCGAGAAGGGCAUCCGCUCCGAGUCCCCCAGCCACUAUGGCGCCGCCGGCCAUACCCCUUACCAACCACUAGCACCCAACACACCUUACAACGGCAACCCUGACCAGAGCAGAGAGAACCUCGUGCUCGGCGCGGCGCCAAUCGCCGACAGGAAGCCCACGCUGCCCAACGUGGGUGGUGACUAUCACAACGUUGGAUACGGUGGUAGCAAUGGGUACCGGGGAGUGUAUCACUAA